CAGACAUGGCGGCGGAUCCUAACCCGGACUGGCUCUCCUGUCUUCCCCCUUCUUGGAGUUACGGCGUCACCCAGGAUGGACGCCUGUUCUUUAUCAACGAAGAAGCGAAGAGUACAACCUGGCUGCAGCCUGUCAGCGGGGAAGCUGUAAUAACGGGGCACAGGACAACUCCAGAUUUGCCAACAGGAUGGGAGGAAGGCUACACAUUUGAGGGCGCUCGCUGCUUCAUCAAUCACAAUGAGCGAAAGGUGACCUGCAAGCACCCUGUAUCAGGAGCCCCCUCCCAAGACAACUGCAUCUUUGUAGUAAAUGAACAUGCAAAAUAUGGAACGCUUGUCCAUCCUGAUAAGCCCCUUGAGGCUGACACCAGGACAGCUCCAAAGACAGAGCAGGACAACGGUGACAGUAAGGACCGUCACAUGAGCACCAUGAGCGAAGCGUCUAACUACACAGGUGGCUCAGACAACAGCACCUUUGCUGAGAGCCCUGCCACCACAGUGACCCUCUCUUCUUCGUUCACACGGCCCUCAAGGUCUUCCAAAAAGGUUCACAACUUUGGCAAGAGGUCCAACUCCAUCAAGAGGAAUCUCAAUGCUCCAGUCGUCAAAAGCAACUGGCUUUAUAAACAGGACAGUACUGGCAUGAAGCUGUGGAAGAAGAGGUGGUUUGUCCUCUCAGACAUGUGCCUUUUCUACUACCGUGAUGAAAAAGAAGACAGCAUCCUGGGCAGUAUCCUGUUGCCGAGCUUUCACGUCUCCAUGCUGUCUGUGGACGACCACAUCAGCAGGAAAUAUGCCUUCAAGGCCACUCACCCCAAUAUGAGGACGUAUUAUUUUUGCACCGACACCGCCAAAGAAAUGGAGUCCUGGAUGAAAGUCAUGACAGAUGCAGCGCUUGUCCACAGUGAACCCACCAAAAGGUUGGACUCGAUGAAAGUAGAUCAGCGAGCACCUCAGGAGCUUAACAACAUACAGAAUAGCAGAGUCUUCCGCCAACCCGAGAUGGAGAACAAUGAGCGAAAUCGGAAGCCUGUGCAUCAAAACUGUUUAUCAAAGGUGGAUGACAAGCGGCUAAAAGAUGCAGAGAAAAUUCACAGCCAGAAGGAACGAGAGUACUACACAUUACAGAAAGACAUGGAGAGGUAUUGUUUAAAGCAGGACGGAGUAAACUACAUCCAUUGCAAGGAUGAAGAAAAGUACCCCUUUCAUAGGGACCUGGGAAAGUGCUCUGUACAGAAAGUGGAUGAAAAAUACACAGUGACACCAGCUGACAAAAACUACGUUCACACUAAAGUUGAUGAUAAAUAUUUUCUCGCAAAAGAUGGGGAGAAAAAUGUGCUGCAAAAAGUUGGAGACCGGCCCAGCCUGAUGAAAGACACACAUAAAUACAUCCCUCAAAGGGAAGUGAGGAGACAGCUGUCUUUAAAAGAGACGCCAAAUAAAUAUGGCACAUUACAAGUUGUGGACAAAUACGGCACUUUGAAGGAAGUUAGGAAAUAUAGUACACUCCGAGAAGGGGAUAAAUACGCUAACCUGAGAGACUUGGAAAAGUAUGCGACGCUCCGUCAUGGGGAUAAAUUCUGCUUUCAGCAAGCUCCUGUAGCUGAAACUUCUCGCACUAAGCUCAAGCUGCAGCCAGCUCAGGCAGCUGCCAUUGCAGCGGCAGUGUCUGCAUCCCGCCAAGGCCAGCAGGCCAACAUUACCCUGUCAAAGCCGGCACACGUCACUGCAUCAGGGUCAGGAGAUCAUACAAGCGACUGCAGUCUUCCAGUGGAACGCGAAAACCAGGCUACAAGCCGAGUGACUCCAGUCCAGGAACAAGCGAGGAUGUCCAGAAGCAACUCUUUUCAGCAGUCGGAGCACUCAACACGGACCCACAGGGCAAGAGGGACAGAAGAGGACAUCAGAAGCAUUAACUCCUACCAGACCUUGCCCAGAAACAUGCCUAGCCACCGUGCUCAGCUGGUUCCCAGAUACCCGGAGGGCUACCGCACACUACCCCGUAACAGCAUGAUAAGGCCUGACAGCAUCUGCAGUACAGCAGGCUCGGUGUACGACCGGGCUCUUCGACCCGCCUCAACCAGCACUGUUACCACGGCAGAGAAGAGAAGAUCGAUGAGGGACGACACCAUGUGGCAGCUGUAUGAGUGGCAACAGAGGCAAGCCUUCUCCCGGCAAAGUCUGGCUCAACCAGCAGGUCAUUAUGGCACCCUUCCCAGCACAAAGACAAUGGGCAACAUAUCAGAACAUUCGGCGGUACACUCUAUUCCCGCCUCACCAUCUCACGGCUCGUUAGCCCUCUACAACACCCUCCCUGCUCCCUGCCAGCAAAGUGUUCCCAACGCCAACAGCUCCUUCUCGGAGGCGUCGUCACCGCUCGUAAGAGAAGAUGGGACACUCGAGCGUCGACACAGGACACACCUAGCCAAGUUUGGAAGCACACUAGAUCGCCGACCUGCAGUAGCCGGUGUACCUCCCCAGCCAAUUACUCCUCAGUCACUACAAGGCAAAACGCCUGAGGAACUCACACUGAUGCUGAUCAAGCUCCGUCGGCAGCAGGCAGAGCUCAACAGCCUGCGGGAGCACACAGUAGCCCAGCUAAUGGCCCUGGGCAUGGAGGGGCCCAACCCCAAGACUGAUGUUCUUUCCCACCAUCUUCAAAGGAACCUUGUUUACCUCCAAAGCCAGAAAAAGGAGAACGAACCACUUAUCUUCAUGAUUCACACUAUGAUCGAGAACUCUGCACCAAGGCCGCAACUCUACCAGCAAAUCAGCCCAGACGAAUACAAAGAUGACUCUUUGGUCCAACACAACGAGGACAUAGAUGCCAAACUGAGCAGAUUAUGUGAGCAGGACAGAGCAGUGAGGGUGCAAGAGGAGAAACUGCAACAACUACAUCGAGAAAAGCACACUCUGGAGACAGCGCUGCUGUCUGCCAGUCAGGAGCUAAGUGAACAGAGCAAUUCCAGUACUUCAGCUGCCCAAAGCCUAGUUCAACAGAGAGACGUGUUACAAAACGGUCUGCUGAGCACCUGCCGGGAACUGUCCAGAGUCAAUACGGAGCUGGAACGUUCGUGGCGGGAGUACGAUAAGUUAGAGGGUGAUGUCACCUUGGCCAAGUCUAACCUUCUGGAGCAGCUGGAAGCCCUGGGCAGCCCACAGACAGAACCUCCAAGCCAUCGACACAUUCAGAUCCAGAAGGAACUAUGGAGGAUCCAGGAUGUGAUGGAGGCACUGAGUAAAAACAAACCACAGCGCAGCACAGAUAGCACAGAUUGGUCUGAUUCCAAGCCACUCUCCAGUCUACAAAAGAAUGAGGCAGUGACGUUGCUGCCACUCAGUCCUCUCAAGGACGACAAUGGCCUUCCCCCUCGUCCUCCACUUCCACAGUACUACUAUUCAUCAGAGCACCCCCCUCACUUGCACCCUCACCAUCCAAACUCCAGCAGCCGUCCACCUCCUUACACACAACGUCCUGAGGACCGCAAAACCGGCUCUAGGAAUGGCCCGCACUGUGUAAUGUCAUCAGAAAAGCAAGGUCCAGACUAUCGGUUAUGUAAGAGUGAACCUGAGCUGACCACAGUCAAAGAGGAAGUAGACGAGGCCAACAGCGAGAACAAGGACAAGAAUGAAAGUGCCCAGGAGAAUGACAAUAUUGUAGCCUCCAAAGCUGUUCCCCCCUAUCCAGUGGGCAUUGUUCCCCCUAGGACCAAAUCUCCCAUGAACCCUCCCGAGUCCACUACUAUCGCCUCCUACGUCACCCUGAGGAAGACCAAAAAGCCAGAAUCCCGAUCGGAUCGACCCAGAAGUGCAGUAGAUCAGAUUGGCUAUGGCGAGAGAGAAGUGGGCCGACACAGGAUGAGUGUUGAGGAGCAGAUGGAAAGGAUGCGAAGACACCAAGAGGCCUCUUCUCUGCGGGAGAAGAAGAGAGAGGCCCUAUCCCGCUCACAUUCUUUUAGCAAAGAUGACCCCUAUGUUAUGCUGCAGGCUCGGGCCCAUACAGAGGGAGCCUGUGCAGACCCGGUGGAGUUGGAAGCGGCCCUGCAGCAAUUGAAGAUGGCUCAUAAUGAGCAGAAUACAGAGAGCUUGCUGACUACAUCUCAGGAGGUGCAGAGAGUAGAGGAGGCGGAAACUGACAAAUGUGAAGAAGCAUCGCAGGACAGGGAAAUGAAGUCGGCGAGUUUAUAUCCCCUGCAACCUGAGGCCAACAACAACACAGAAAAUGAGCAGUGUGAGAGGCAGAGGGCAAUGAUUUUGGACCUGGGCAUUGAGACCCAGCAUGUGGAGAUUGUAAACCUUUGCCACAUUGAAGAUGACAAAAGCACAGAAGAAGAUACGCCCAGCUCCCUUACAAACGCCAAUGAAAAUAGGUUCCAGAGUCCUGAUCCACAGACGCCAAGCCCCGAGCGAACAGGGGAGGCAGAUGUGAUGCAACAAACCAUCAGAGAGGAGAAGCUAGAUAAAAGCCAAGCAGAGGACAAGAAACACAACAAUAACAAUUUGUUAGCUUCACCAAUGUACACCAUGGUAAGCAAUGACACGUGAGUGCUCACCUUGACGUCCACGGCGCCAUCCCAUAGAGUCCAAAUGUAGCAAGUUUCCAGCAGUAUGACGACAUCAUGCCUACAAGGAAAGUGAACAUUUCCAGCACACUUUUCAAAACACAAAUCAUUUAACGCAUAUUCAUAUCCUGUUAUAUUCCAAAACAUUGUUUUUAUAUAAAGUAGGAUGUGUUUACAUAUCUACAUACAGUAUUUAUAGACAUGCAUAAAUGUACACAUACUAAGUCAUAUACACAGUAUGUAAACGUGUAUAUACAGUAUCAGUAUAUGUACACUCACAUACAGUUGACCAUAUAUAUGACUGACUGUGUGUGUACAUCUUUGUACAUUUAGUAUAUAUGUAUGUGCAAAAUAUGUACUGUAUAAAUGUAUAUACAAUAGAUAUGUACUGUAAAUGUGUGCAUACAUGUGUACAUAUGUAUGUGGAGUUACAGGAGAAGAAGGUCUGCUUGGAUGUAGCUCAGCUUCUCACAGCUGACGUUUUUCUAACGAGCUCUUUAGUCAACACUGAAUCAACAAUAUUGAUUGCAGCCAAGUAGUAUGUUCCAUUUCUCAUGUUAUUCAUCAACAGUUGCUAAGUUUUCGUUUAAAAAUAUGAAGUACAAGUGUACAAGCAAUGUUGAUGUACAAAACUGGAACCAGUGAAGUUGGCACGUUGUGUAAAUCGUAAAUAAAA